AGAGAGCUGCUAAUCCUUCUAGAUUAAUUUUUAACUCUUUAGAUUAAAAAAAGAAAAAAGAAAAUCAGUUCAAUUUCGUCUUUUCCAGGGCCAACUUAUCGAGCGAGUUAAUUGGUUAUUUCGAUUAUAUUCUUUGAGUAAAAAAAUUAUUAAUUUUUUCUUAAACCCAUGGCUUUAAAUCUAAGCAAGUCCGACAUAGUCCGAGUCCUGGGUGUGCCGCGCUCUUCCAUCGUCGGUGUUCUACCGCGGUUGAGGGCCACUGACAGUCUCGAUCGAAGAGAAGGUAGUGGGCGACCUAGUGGUUUCGGAACCGACAUUUACUGGCUUCCUUGAUAGCUAGUCCACUCCAAACGGUCCGAAAUAUUGUAUAAGGAUGAGCUCUAAGACUUCGUGACAAUAGCCUAGUCUCUAGACGUUCUACUACUGGAGAGGCAUCUAGUAGAAAGACGACUAUUCCCAAAUCAGCAAUUGGCUUUAACACUCGAACAAUAGAGGGCUGACGUCUUCACAGAUGACUUAGGCAAUCAAAUGGCCUGGACUGUGGGUGGAGAAGACGAGGAGAACGCUUUAUUUGUGCCAUGCAUUAGUUACAUGCUUUUCAAAGACAGUCAGUUAUGGUAUGGGGUGUAAUGAACGUAUUAUCACACAGAAUGGAUCUUGAACUGUACUACAAGGUACACUGAGGAAAUUAUUGUGGCAGCCGAUAUGGAAGAGAACUGCACGGAAUUUCUCGAGAUCGGCCCUCCUCCGGAUAUGAUCCUCACCCUGCCGCCACCCCCGCUGCCCAGCUACCUCCAGAUAACUAUGAACCACAGUUCAAAACCGUGCACAUCCCUCUGCGACACACCCCUGCCGAACAACGGCGGCAUACAAUUCAUUGAGCUUCCUCCGCACGCUUUGGGCAACGGUGAACUCGAUGACACAUGGCUGUUUAUACUGAUUUCGUGCAGUGUCGGUGUACUUCUACUCGGCUCUCUUUUGGCUAUACUCCUCCUCAAGUGUAGAGAGGGCGGAUAUGUUCGCAGGGAGCGAGCAGCCAAAACUGUUCCUGUCCACGAGGAAGAGGAAGGAGUGAACGCGAAAAAGGCCUGCGAGGCUGUCAUGUAUCCAGGUGACUCAAGGAUGCUCUGGGCGACCCUCACGCCCCGAGGCACCACCAGGCAUAUCGCCGGCCACCACCUCAACACCUUCGAGAACACAGGAUUCACGGAAGAGUUCCGGCCGAGGGUGUCUUCACCGACGAGGAUAGAACACCCGAACCUGCCCCCGCUGAAUCUCCCGACUCACCGUACACUGAGGCGACAACCGCCCUUGUUAUAAAUCGGACGAUUCGACCUCACCAAAUAGACGACCCGCAACCCUUUCCUUUUUUUUUCUUUAGUUCGAUGCCAAUUGAAACCAAUUUCAUAUUGUAUAUUAUCCCAGUUUCCGUAUCAAUGUAGUAAUAUCCACACAUUGUAUAUUAAGGAAAUGCUUCGCCACGACUGUCGGGUUUUUUCAUAAUUUAAAUUUUCUAAACAAACCAUACAAUCAAUCUAAAAAAUAAAUAAAUAAACCAACAAUAUUUAUAAUAAAUAUAAUCAAAAAUAAUGUAUCAUGCUGAUGAAUGUGUAACCUGGGAAGUCCUGUUUACCGAAAAGGAAACUUUCUCAAAACAAAGUUAUAAAAAAAUAAUAAAUUGUAGGAAAUCAAACUUCUCAAUUUAUUCUUUAAAUGUCUAAAUAUUAUUUAUCAUAGUUUUUUAAGUUUUGGCCAUUGAGUUAACAAAAUUAAAAAUCCUGAUCCGUCUGUUACCGCUGUCGGAAAUACGCACAAAAAGCCCGGUCUCAUGAAGAAGGCGACAUCAUUUUGAAACAGCGAGAACUGGCGGAUCAUGUUCUGGGAAGACACAAGACCAGUGUUUUACAUUCGUUUAAAAAAAUCUUAAAUGUUGUUUAACACAGCUAUUGUAUACAAUUAUUUAAUAUGUUUAUUUAAAU